AUGGGCCAGGGGGAGUACCUUGUCAAGCUGACGACAUAUGUCACGCCUGAGGAAUACGAUGAAUUGCAAGAGCACGGCAUCGAAGAUGGCGACGAUCUAGCGAACAGGUUCAUUGAAUGGAUGAAAAACGACAAAACCCUCAAAAAGCGGAAUAAGUGUCUCAGGGUCCAGAAUGAACGCUUCGAGGCGCAGUCCAAUGAAAAGGUCCAGGAAGUGCAAGAGUAUGCCAAUUGCGUACAACAGGAUAAUACCAGAUUAGAGGUUCAGGUUAAAAAAUUGACGACCGAGAAAAGCGAAUUGCAGGCUAAAAUGAAAGAAUUAGGCGAGAAAGCGAGAUGCACGGAGAAAGCUAGCCAGUGGGCCGGACGGUGGAGUGACCUUCAAAAAUCAAUCAAUGCAACAAUCCAGGCCGAGAUUCCAGCGGACCAGCAAAUCAUAUCAAUGGAGCUCGUCUGUCGAUCGCUGUUUGAACAUGUCCAAACCAGGGAACCUGUCUCGCCGACAGCGGCCAGACCAAGAUAUUCAUUCUCGGGAGAGAUGAAUUCAAAGGACUAUGGAAAAGGUGCAAAGGCCAUUGAAUCUUUGUUUGGGCGAUUGAAGCCCCGGAACCCCGAGAAAACCAGACUUUAUGAAGAAUUGUCGGACUAUUUCAUCAAAGCCUUUGAUCUCUGGAAAGAGAUGAAAGAUGAGGGCUAUGUGGUCCAGCUUAACUGUAAGCCUUGCCGAGUUUGCAAUUGUGGGUGGCGGGUGCAGCCGAUGCCGGCACAAGAAAAGCUGAAAGAUCCGAAAGUCAUAUGCCUGUUUCCCAAAAUCCGAAUUCAAAAAGACGCUAUGAUGACGGUGGUGGAUGGUCUAUAUGCCCUUCAAGAAAGGAGACAAGGCUCCUCAAAAGCCUAG